AUGUGCGGGGCUUUCCACCCCGGCACCAAAGAGAGCUUAUAUGAUCUACCUGUUGAAUCGUACGCAGAAUUCACUGAAAAGUACCAGGAGUUUCUCGUGUCCACCUGGGGUCAUCGGCUGCGUUUCUUUUCCUGGUUGCCGGUAACGCAUGAUAUGGGGACAAGCUUGAGUUGUGUCAUCCUCAGGCUCGUCGGAAUGUUGUGCGUCCCCUUGUUUUUCGGAUGCACUGCCUUUCUGAUGUCACCGGUGGACUUCGUGAGCGCACCGGAUCUCUGGCUUGCGGGCAUGAGCAAGUUCGGCUGCUCUUUCACAGCUGCACCGGAUUUCGCGUACGCGCUAGCGGCUAGGAAGACCUCGGAUGAUCUCGUGUCGGAGUUGAAUUUCGAGAAGGUUAUGGCAUGCGUCAACGGCGCCGAGCCCAUCCGGCCAGCAACAAUUGAAGCAUUCCUGCAGAAGUUCUCUCCUGCUGGAUUUGAGCCAUGGAUGAUGUGUCCGGCAUAUGGCCUUGCCGAGCAUACAGUAGGGGUCACAGGCCGUAGUUCCGAAGGGAGGAAGCCAAGGAAUCCGAGGAUAAUUGAAGUCAAUCAGAGAAAGCUGGCACAGGGGGAUACAGUAGAAAUUAUCAUGCCUGGAGCAAAAUCAGAGGGCGCAAUGCGCGCCAAGCUCAUCGUCGGGUGUGGAGAGCCUCACCAAGGCGUCAUCGUGAAGAUUGUAGACCCGAAGCUGUUGCACGAGCUGCCGGAGUGGCGAAUCGGCGAAGUGUGGGUCAGUUCUCACAGCGCGGCUUCAGGCUAUUUUCGCUGUCCGGUGGAGACGGCUUCAACGUUCAACUUGCACCUCGACACAGCUGAUGGAGCCGUCAGUGGCGACAGGACUUUCCUUCGGACAGGAGACCUCGGUUUUCUCGGUGACGGCGAGCUCUUUAUUACUGGUCGCCUCAAAGACGUUAUCAUUAUUCGGGGCUGCAACUACUACCCUCAAGAUAUCGAGGAAGCUGUAGAACGGUGCGCUGCAGUGCGCAAAGGUGGAGUUAUGGCGUUCGCUAUCAGUACCGUCAAUGACGGCGAAGGGUUAGGAGUGGCGGCAGAAAUUCAGAGUAAGAUUUUUCUCAACCCGUUUGCUGACCUCGCUUUUGCCAUAAAUCCGUGCAUAGUCACCACUGUGUAA